AUGCUAAUUAUAGAAUAUGAAUUAAUAAAUACAAAAUUAAAAAUAUUUUUUGUUCAAACAUCAAAAAAUGAAGAUAUACUUUCUCGUCAUGCUUGUUCAAUAGAAUCAGCUGCACGUUUACAUCCAAAUGGUUUAAUAUUUGUACUUAUGCGUAGUAAAUAUAUACAUUUAAAAAAAGGUUCAUAUAUACAUUUACGUUCAUAUAAUAAUAUUUAUUUUGUUCAUUUUAAUGAACAAGAUAUUUAUUUUGGUACAUUAUUAAUAAAUUUAAAUAAAACACAACGUAAACAAUAUAUAAAUUAUUUUUCUAUUUCACAUAUGAGUGAUUUUAUACGUACAGCAAUAUUAUAUAAAUAUGGUGGAAUUUAUUUUGAUCUUGAUGUAAUACCAUUAAAAAAUUUUCAAUUAUUUUCAAAUACUGUUGGACUUGAAACAAAUUAUGGUGUUAAUGUUGCUGUUUUAGUUUUUGAAAAACAACAUUUAGUAUUAAAUAUACAAAUGAUUAAACAAUUAGAAACAAUUGAAAAACAAUUUCAUGCAUUAUGUUGGAAUUGUCUUGGACCAUUAGCAUUAACAGAUGCAUUAAAAAGUAUUUGUAAUCAAAGUCAAUUGUAUAUUCAUGAAAAAGAUAAAUGUCAUCAAAUUGAUAUACAACCAUCAUAUGUAUUUUAUCCAAUAUCUUAUCAACAAAUUUUACAAUUUUUUCGUCGUUCAACAGAAAAUGUAAAUUUUUUAUUAAAAAAUUCAAGUAUAUAUUCAAUACAUUAUUUUCAUCAUAUGACAAUGAAUAUACCAAUUGAAAUAAUGUCACCAUUUGCUCAAAUAGCUGAACUAUUUUGUCCAAAUGUAUAUAAAGAAUUAAUUAUUAAUCAAAAUAUAUCAAAUCAAUCAUCAAAUAUUUUUCUUACAAAUAUAAAUAUAUUUUUAUUUUGUUUAUUCAUUACAUUUUUAUGUAUUUUUAUAUUUAUAUUAAUUAGUCAUUUUUUAACAUACAUUCGAUUUAUUAAAUUGAUUCUAUUUAAAAUAUUAUAUAAAUUUCAUAAAUUAUCUUUUUGA